AUGGCUUUAGCGAUGAUGAAUUGGAUCUCGCUGUGCAAGCGGCGAUUGAUCGACGGAUCCGGCAAAGGCAGCAAGCGGCGGCGGCCGAUCCAUCGCCGACGGCAUGUACCCCGGGACCACAUUGCUGCACAUCAGCGGUUGUAUGAGGACUACUUUGCUCCGCAGCCGCGUUUUGGGGAUGCCUUAUUCCGCCGACGUUUUAGGAUGCAUCGUCCUCUGUUUAUGCAUAUCGUUGGUGCAUUAGAGAGAAGGUACGAGUUUUUCAGAAUCGGGGAGGAUGCGGCUGGCAAACCCGGACACACGCCAAUACAGAAGUGUACGGCCACAAUCAGGCAACUGGCGUACGGAGGCCCGGCCGACAUGUUCGACGAGUACCUCCACAUUGGGGAGUCUUCAGCCGUCGAGUGUCUGUUGGAGUUUUCCGCGGGCGUUAGAGCGAUAUUCGGGGAUCGUAUCUUCGGCGUCCGAGCCCCGAAGACUGCCAGCGGCUGA